AUGGAAGCGAGCUGUCUCCCACAUAGUCAUAGCGCAUUGACCCCCAUACCCAUCACUCGCCCCAGUCGGCCCACCUCCAUUGUCGAGUCGGAGUGUAACACCAAUGAGACGUUGAGUGAUGGCGAGGGGAACAAUAGGAUCAUUGUCAUGGGUCCAAUGGAUCUCACCUCGAUUCACCCAGUCCUUAAUGAUCAUCCCUCGCCACCCACCAUGAGUCUUGUCAGCAUACCCCACCUCCUCGGCGAGAGUAGGGCAUACAGCCCCGAUGACGAGUAUCUCAACCUUGCCGACCUUAGCCUGGACGACCUGGACCUCAGCGAUGUCAACCUGCUGGACGAUGAAGAGGACGACGAGGAUGCGCUGUCAGUGCAUACGAUCAAGGUUCGAUUCCUAUGUGAAGACGGCGAUCGUCGCAAGAUCAAGUUCUGGAGCUCGGCAAACAUUCAAGAGGCUCUGGCGCAGUAUGCCGCAAAGAGGCAGAUGGACAGCCGGGCCUAA